GGCCUGGCUCGCAACCUGUCUCCUCCCUUUAGUCCCUUGCAACAUCGCAAGGGAGCGGUAGACAGGCGCUCCCCUCCGGCCCCCAAACACACACAACCACACACCACCACACGUUCACACUCCAAGCCCGCACACACCCACCCCCCCAGACACACACACACCCUCGAGCAUGCAGGAGGGCCGGGCAGGACUACUCGGCCUUUAGUCCGGUGGGGGGUCCCCCUCCUUGCUUCUGCCGAGCCCCCCCCUCCAGACCCCCCCAAUGCACCGGCUGGUCCUCCUCUGCACCUCCCUCUGCAGCCUCGUCGCCCUGUGCAGCUGCCGGGGGGCUUCGGCGGGACCCCAGGGCGGAGCCUUCAAAGGUUUACGCUCCUCCAACCUCAGGAGAGAUGAGAGCAAUCACCUCACAGACUUGUAUCGAAAAGAAGAGACUAUCCACGUGACAGGAAAUGGCUGCGUCCAGAGUCCGCGCUUCCCGAACAGCUAUCCCAGAAACCUCUUGCUGACAUGGAGGCUGUACUCCCAAGGGAACACCAGGAUACAGCUGGCAUUUGACAACCAGUUUGGAUUGGAGGAGCCCGAAAAUGAUAUCUGCAGGUAUGACUUUGUGGAGGUUGAAGACAUAUCUGAAACCAGUACUAUAAUUCGAGGCCGUUGGUGCGGACACAAAGAGAUCCCUCCCAGGAUAACGUCAAAAACAAACCGAAUAAAGAUAACCUUCAAAUCCGACGACUAUUUUGUGGCUAAACCCGGAUUCAAGAUUUAUUAUUCUCCCGUGGAUAAUUUCCAGCCCGCAGCCUCAGAGACCAACUGGGAGUCUGUCACGAGUUCUAUCUCGGGCAUAGACUAUCAUCCUCCCUCGGUGACGGAUCCCACCCUCACUGCCGACGCUCUGGAUCAGACGGUUGCUGGAUUCGACACGGUGGAAGACCUCCUCAAACACUUCAAUCCGGAAACGUGGCAAGAAGACCUUGAGAAUCUGUACCUGGAAACGCCUCAUUAUCGAGGCAGAUCUUACCACGACAGGAAGUCGAAAGUUGACCUGGAUCGGUUGAACGACGAUGUGAAGCGUUACAGCUGCACUCCAAGGAACUACUCGGUCAAUUUACGGGAGGAGCUGAAGCUCAGCAAUGUCGUCUUCUUCCCUCGCUGCCUCCUCGUCCAGCGCUGUGGCGGGAACUGUGGCUGUGGGUCCCCCAACUGGCGAUCCUGCACAUGCAAUUCGGGCAAAACGGUGAAGAAGUUCCACGAGGUUCUAAAGUUUGAGCCCGGCCACUUCAAGAGGAGGGGCAGAACUAAGAACAACAUGGGCUUGGUGGACAUCCAGUUGGAGCAUCACGACCGUUGCGAUUGUAUCUGUAGCUCCAGGCCACCGCGAUAAGGGAAAUAGGCACGUGAUUUUGAAAGGGAAGACACCUUGCUGGUUUUAAGGAGGGGAUAGUAAGAGAGCCUUCUCCAAUAGGCCACUGAACUUGGCUACUCGCCUGCAAUGCAAAGAAUAAAACCGAUGGCUGAAUCUCAGCAAUAGCUUUGUUAGUGCCAUGGCAGCUAAAUAGGUGUUAUCAUAGAUUUCUGUAUCCAAGAAUAUACAGUUAAGGUUAGAAAUAGUAUUUGCGGUAUCUGAGAUCCUUAUAAUAUAUAAAGAGGUAUCUGUAUCCAUCUAUAUGCAAAUAGCUAGAUGAUAUGGAGUACCCAGUUUAAACGAACACUCAUAUACGUUGGAUCUUAGAAUGGGAAUGCUCCUUCCAUUCCCAUAGAGCCAUUAAGGAAAAAAAGGGUAGUAUUGAAAUCAUGGGGAAGAGUGGGACAUAAAGACUUAAAUGCUUUCUCCUAUUUUUGUAAAAAAAAAAAAAAAAAACCUUAUCUGGAAUUUGUUUAAAUGUCGAGAGCACCUUAUACGUCACAAGUACUGAAUAUUCCUGAAUGUGGCUCCAAGUUGAAUACAGUAGAAAAAUAGGAGAAAUCUAGUUGAGGUUUUAGAAGCCACCCAAAAGGAACAGUUAUGCCUUCUCGUAAAGAGAUGCACUACACUCUUUCCACUGGACACAAUAAUUACUAUAGUCUUUCUCCAGAGUCUUCACAAAUAGAUGUUGCCUUUGGUUAGACCUUUUAUAAUAGCUUUUGUUUUCCAUUUUGCUGAGUCCCCAGCAUCUGAAAAAAACUUCAUCUUCAUUCAUUUUGUCGAAGAGGCUAUGAAAAGGAAGCACCUUAAAAGCUAAACUAGAACGUAAUAAUUAUUUGUAUUAAAUAUUAUGCAAGUGCUUUGAUUUUUUUUCUUUUCUUUUCAAAACCAUGUCCCUUUCCAGAAUAGCUUCGAGACUCUAAGUCUGCUACGGGUGUACAGAAGAAAAGGUAGGCAGCUGAAAGUCAGGAGAGUUGCGCCUUUGAUUGUAAAUGUAACAGAAGAUGGGAUGGAACAUUAAACGGCCAAAUAUCCUCAUAUAAGAGCAGGCUCAAGCUCUCCCUAAGCUGCAUCGAUUCAUUUUUAUGUGUGUUGCGUUUGUGUUUCUGUCUAUUAGAUCUAUGGAAGUGGAUUUACAACAGUACUUCAUACAUGAGCAGAAACGAGGGAGCUAGCACAAGAUAUUUAUAACGCUAAAGCUUUUGUGUUUUACUAACAAAAACAAUUUCAGAGAUAUAGGAGCCUAAUCUCAUACCCCUAACAUUCCAAAGCCGUGUUUCUGAAUCCAAUAAUGCUGGUUUCUCCCUGUUUUUUUUUUUUUGAACUUUAUCAACCCUAUCACCAAAUUCACAGAAAAAAAUAUCACGUUAACACCAACUCAGGUCUGCAGUACCAUUUCAAAGUUCUAACCAUUUGAUUUUUUUAACUAUUCUUUUCAUGAUAUUUUUUUUUCCCUCUCUGGCUCCCAAAUGCCUAUUUAAAGAGAGACUGAAACUGGGCAGCGGAAGCGAUCUAUCAUCCUCCAAAGCAGGUCUCUUUAAAGAGCAGUACUGAAACCAAGGAUUGCCAGUGUUAUUACUUUUUUCAGGGUUGUUCAAAGAAGCCUUCAUUUUUCUUCCUGUCUCCAACCUAACAACAAGGACAGCCAAUUUCUUCUCUAAUUCAGAGUUAAAGCUGUCUAAAAUGAAUUGGAGAAAAAAAUACAGACAGGUUGCCAUUGCAUUUCCGAUACGGGACUGCUUCAGAUGGGCAUUCUGCUUUUCUACAACUAGUACCUUGGAAGGUACUCCAAAUUAAGAGCUCAACUGUACUGGAAGGUACCCACCUCCUAAUAUAUUCUAGCAUCCCUCUCUGGGCCAGGGCUGUCAUUGCUAGAUGAGAGGAUGGGGGCAUUAGUUUGCUGUUCGUCUCAUUCGGUUGGGGUUUCACCACUGAUCCUGGAUCACAUAAAACCUGCAGGACUCAAAUCAGGUGCCACGGAGGGGAUCCAACAGCUCACAGCAGCCUUUUAAAAUUAGAAGUGCUAGUUCCUGGUACAUAUGGGCUACUAGUCUAAUUCACUGCUGGUUGCCCCCCGAGCCCUGUGGAAAGUAUGCCAUCAUCUACCAGAGGCCAGCAGGGUCAGUGGUCAAACUGGGGCACGACCUAGCAUAAACAAACACAACACACCUCGGGGCUGUAAAGAAGGAAGGAUCACGCUCUACCCAGGCUUCUAAUUCAGCCUUGCAGUCAGCCACGAUCAUUUCCUGGAAUAUCACAUUUUCACUCAAUCAGUGAUAUUUCUUGAGCACUUACUGAAUGCAGAGCACUGUGCUAAGCGCUUGGGAGAGAACCCUUUAACAGAAUUGACAGACAUGAUCCCUGACCACAAGGAGCUUAUACUCUAACCACUUUUAUUUAUGAGUAGAAAAUGUAAGCUGGCAUUUUCACUCUUUCUUCUUCUGAAUAUUUUAUUACAUUUUCUCUUUGGCUUAUCUCUUCCCCAUUGAGCUUUCAAAAGGCAGUUAAUGAAUGUGAUGCACUGUCAUUAAGGAAAUACAAUCCUACCCUGUAAAAUUCCAUUUCAAAAUGAGCUCCAAUAAAUCCAUAUUUCAGAGUUUCUCA